CAGGGAGGAGUGAAAUUGAGCACGCCGGAUGGCCUAUUUCCCGCCAUCCCGCGAAACCAGGAAGAAAAACUGCAAAAUCGAAUCUCCACAUUGGGCACUCGCUAGUCUGGCGUCAGAGAAUUUAGCCAGUAAGAUUACAUAUUUGCUUCAGGAGUCCCCGCCUCUUCCUCUGGGUACACUUUGGUGGCGGGAAAAAUUGGGAAGUUUUCGCGCUAGGGAGGAGGUACCCGUCUUGGCAGCAGGCAUGGCAGGGACCGUGGUGCUGGACGACGUGGAGCUGCGAGAGGCUCAGAGAGAUUACUUGGACUUCUUGGAUGACGAGGAAGACCAGGGAAUUUAUCAGAGCAAAGUUCGAGACCUGAUCAGUGACAACCAAUACCGGCUGAUUGUCAAUGUGAAUGAUCUACGCAGGAAAAAUGAAAAGAGGGCAAACCGCCUUCUGAGCAAUGCCUUUGAGGAGCUGGUUGCCUUCCAGCGAGCCUUAAAGGAUUUUGUGGCCUCCAUUGAUGCUACCUAUGCCAAGCAGUAUGAGGAGUUCUAUAUAGGAUUGGAGGGCAGCUUUGGCUCCAAGCAUGUCUCUCCCCGGACUCUUACUUCCUGCUUCCUCAGCUGUGUAGUCUGUGUGGAGGGCAUUGUCACUAAAUGCUCUCUAGUUCGUCCCAAAGUUGUUCGCAGUGUCCACUACUGUCCUGCUACCAAGAAGACUAUAGAGCGCCGUUAUUCUGAUCUCACUAACCUGGUAGCCUUUCCAUCCAGCUCUGUCUAUCCUACCAAGGAUGAGGAGAACAACCCCCUUGAGACAGAAUAUGGCCUUUCUGUCUAUAAGGACCAUCAGACCAUCACCAUCCAGGAGAUGCCAGAGAAGGCACCAGCUGGCCAGCUGCCCCGCUCUGUGGAUGUCAUUCUGGAUGACGACUUGGUGGAUAAAGUGAAGCCUGGUGACCGAGUCCAGGUGGUCGGGACCUACCGUUGCCUUCCUGGAAAGAAAGGAGGCUAUACCUCAGGGACCUUCAGAACUGUCCUGAUUGCCUGUAAUGUGAAGCAGAUGAGCAAGGACAUUCAGCCUUCAUUCUCUGCUGAGGAUAUCGCCAAGAUCAAGAAGUUCAGUAAAACUCGUUCCAAGGAUAUCUUUGACCAGCUGGCCAAGUCAUUGGCCCCUAGUAUUCAUGGGCAUGACUAUGUCAAGAAGGCAAUUCUCUGCUUGCUGUUGGGAGGGGUGGAACGAGACCUAGAGAAUGGCAGCCACAUCCGUGGGGACAUCAAUAUUCUUCUGAUAGGAGACCCAUCAGUUGCCAAGUCUCAGCUUCUGCGGUAUGUGCUUUGCACAGCACCCCGCGCUAUCCCCACCACUGGCCGGGGAUCCUCUGGAGUGGGUCUGACGGCUGCUGUCACCACAGACCAGGAAACAGGGGAGCGUCGCCUUGAAGCAGGGGCCAUGGUCCUGGCUGACAGAGGUGUGGUUUGCAUCGAUGAAUUUGACAAGAUGUCGGACAUGGACCGCACAGCCAUCCAUGAGGUCAUGGAGCAGGGUCGAGUGACCAUCGCCAAGGCUGGCAUCCAUGCUCGGCUGAAUGCCCGUUGCAGUGUUUUGGCAGCUGCGAACCCUGUCUAUGGCAGGUAUGAUCAGUAUAAGACCCCAAUGGAGAACAUUGGACUUCAGGACUCACUGCUGUCUCGAUUUGACUUGCUCUUCAUCAUGCUGGAUCAGAUGGAUCCUGAGCAGGAUCGGGAGAUCUCGGACCAUGUCCUUAGGAUGCACCGUUAUAGAGCACCCGGGGAGCAGGAUGGCGAUGCUAUGCCCUUGGGUAGUGCUGUGGAUAUCCUGGCCACAGAUGAUCCCAACUUUAACCAAGAUGAACAGCAAGAGACCCAGAUUUAUGAGAAGCAUGACAACCUUCUACAUGGGACCAAGAAGAAAAAGGAGAAGAUGGUGAGUGCAGCAUUCAUGAAGAAGUACAUCCACGUGGCCAAAAUCAUCAAGCCCGUCCUGACACAGGGGUCUGCUGCCUACAUUGCAGAAGAGUACUCGCGCCUGCGCAGCCAGGACAGCAUGAGCUCGGAUACUGCCAGGACAUCUCCGGUUACAGCACGGACACUGGAGACUCUGAUUCGAUUGGCCACGGCCCAUGCAAAGGCUCGCAUGAGCAAGACUGUGGACCUGCAGGAUGCUGAGGAAGCCGUGGAGCUGGUCCAGUAUGCUUACUUCAAGAAGGUUCUGGAGAAGGAAAAGAAACGUAAGAAGCGAAGUGAGGAUGAAUCAGAAACAGAGGAUGAAGAAGAAAAAAGCCAGGAGGACCAUGAGCAGAAGAGGAAAAGGAGGAGGACUCGUCAGUCGGAUGCCAAAGAUGGGGAUUCCUAUGACCCCUAUGACUUCAGUGACACAGAGGAGGAAAUGCCUCAAGUGCACACCCCGAAGACUGCAGACUCUCAGGAGACCUCAAAGACUGCAGAAUUGCAGGAGACCCAGGAAUCUCAGAAGGUGGAGCUGAGUGAGUCCAGGUUGAAGGCCUUCAAGGUAGCCCUCCUGGAUGUGUUCCGGGAAGCUCAUGCACAGUCCGUGGGCCUGACUCACCUCACGGAAUCCGUCAACCGGGACAAGGAAGAGCCCUUCUCUGCAGAGGAGAUCCAGGCUGCACUGGACAAGAUGCAGGAUGCCAACCAGGUCAUGGUGUCUGAGGGCAUCGUCUUCCUUAUCUGAGGGCUCCUCUCUGAGCGCCUCCUCUCCCCCAUCCUUGUCUUUGCCUUCCUUCCCCAAACAGCUGUGUUUAAUUGAACUGAUGUUGAGGAGCAGAAGGUGAUGCAGAUGGGUUGGGACUUGCUGGCAGCUUUGGGAGUGGGUGAUGAAAGCUGUCAUGGGGUAAGGUGAGCAGGAAGUGGGGAGGGACUGGGUCUCUGCAUCUUCGUGGCAGAAGGACUGGGUCGUACACCCAGGAUGAGAUUAUUGGGGAGUUCAGUUCCAUCUUGGUAAUUUUUUUCCCCAUCUCCCAACAGAUCCAGUGUUAUUUUAUGUAAACAUGACUUUGGAGUAUGUUUGUGGGCACAGAGGGUUUCUGUUUAUCUUUUCUAUGUUUUUCUAUGGGUUUUUAAAAAUUCUCUUGAGCACUUUGGUCUGGAAAAGGCUUUGAGUUCUGUGCUGGUAGAGGUGCUGACUCAGGCUAUGCAGGCCAACAAAACUUUUUUGCAGACUAAUAUGUGUUUUUGCCCUAACUAUUUAGGGGAUUGAAUAAAUGGAACUGCUUUGUACACUAUGCCUUAAUACCUUGUGCUUUUUUUAUAUACACAUUUUCGUUUUUCUGGAAAGCUCUGCUGCUGGAUUUGCUGCUACUGCAUUUGCACUAAGACACCACAAGGUGGCAGCAGCCUGCUGUGAAUUCUUUGGGGAUUAUGUGUUUUCUCCCUCAGCAACACCAGCGCUUAUCACCACUGAUUGAGCAAACCAAACCCCAUUGAUGUGGAAUAGCUACAUGAUCACAGGAGGCCAGUGAGUGAAAGUCCAGGAGAAAUGACUGGUCUUUCUGAGCCAGGAUUAAAACCCCAACGUAGAAAAAUGAUGAGUUUUGUCACAUACUCUCAAAAUCAUGUGUUUUUACCCGUAAAGAGACCCUCCUAUAAGAUACUUUGGAAAUUACCUAGUGUCCAGCCUUUGGGGUUUAUUAGCCUGUUUGUAUAGAAGUUUGUGGAAGGGCCAGAACAAGACUACUACUGUUGUGUGGUUUGAACAGCUUCCAAAGAACUUUUAAGAUUACUUAAAUUAACAAAAAAAAAGGUGACUUUAUGGGGGCCUGGGUCACAUAGAGAUUGGAGGCUAUCUCCUGGGUGGCAGAUGUGGCUCUGAGAAUUGCUUGCUCUCGGCUGUAAGAAUGUUGAGGUACUUCUCCUUUUUUGCUGGGGCUAGCCCUUCAACCUGAAAUCACAAAGCAGAAGGUUUUCUUUGGCUUAUAGUGACAAAGAGAUUUUUUUUAAGGGAGGAUGAGAUUAUUGGGGAGUUCAGUUCCAUCUUGGUAAUUUUUUUCACAGAUGUGAAGUCCAAGUCCUAUUCAGGGUAAUCUAGAACACAGUUUCAAAGGAGGAGGCCCUAGUCCCGGGAGGAGGAACUGGACCUUGAAUCUGGCAGUGAGUCAGAGUGGUGCAAGUUCUAGCAGUGGAUCCACAGUAGGAUGUACAGCUCACAGCCACUUACAGUGGUCUAGGAACAUGCGUGUGUAAUAUGUGAGCAUAAAAUAAAGUUUGUUAGGUACCAAGUGAGGGUAUAAUACAGUAACAGGAAUUGAGGGAUACCCUGAGUAUCAGGAGGAAGGCUGGGGCUGCUUAUGGAUACUACUAUGAAAAGAGGCUAGGGCUUUUAGGGGUGUCUGCUGAUGAUCUGUUCCAAAAGAUCAUCCUUUUCCUGUGAGGAAAUAGGCACAAAGGGGAAAAUAAGUGCACCCAUCCUUUUGGUAAUUACAGGUGUCUUAGUCAGUGUCUUCUCACAGGAAAAGUAUCUGACAUACACAAUUUAUAGCAGGAGAGGUUUAUUUUAGCCUUUAAAGGAUUCAGUCCAUAGUCUGCAGGAAGGGUCUGGGUGGAUCAAAGCUGCUCAUGUCGGCAGUCAGGAAGUAGAAGGGAGGAGCCUGGGAGGGAGAUGUACCCUUCGAGGUCACACCCAAGGUGAGCCCCAUCUUCCAGCUGGACCCCACCCCACCAGCACAUUAGCUCUGGAUUAAUCCGAAUCUACUGACAAGUAUAGAGUGUCCUCAUUAUUCAGCCACCUCUGAGCACAGGCUUGUGGGGCAUUGAAACCAUAGCACGGGUUUACCUUGUUGACCACUUCCAUCCUCUUCCAGCUGGCCAAAGAAUAGAGUAUGUUCAGCUGCCACAAUUGAUGUUAUUGUGGUUUUUUUCUAUUUUGGUUAUUUGUGGUGCUGAGGAUCAAUCCCAGGGUCUUGUGAAUGCUAGGCAGGUGCUGCACUGCGGAGCUACAUCCCAACCACACAAUAAUAGUACAAUAGUAGGUGCUGAUUGUGUUAAAAUAACUUCAUUCAGCCACCGAUUUAGCUCAGUGACACUGUGCCUGCCUCACAAACGCCAGGUCCUGAGUUCAAUCCCUAGUACCGAAAAGGAAAAAAAAAUUCUUCUGAAACUCAGUGAAUAUAUUAGUUUUAAGGAAUUGCGUGUAUAGUGUCCCAACUUUAAGCAACAUGAAAGAAUUUGGUAAUUGUCAAGUGGUUCUCUGCAGGACCUGGUUUAGGAACCUAAAUGAGCGAUUCAUGCAGGUGCUCAGCCCACAGUCCAGCAACCCUGAAGGCAUCACCACUGCCACACACUGACCCAAACUGGUCAUAAAACAAUACUGUUUCCUAUAAGCUUCAUUCUAGAGGGGAAGU